AUGAUACUGGGGCAUGCCUAUUUUCCCGAUUUAAUGUCCACGACUGAGGAAGUUCACAUACAAAAAAGUUUAAGUUGGUAUUUGGAUGAGGAACCGGUCCCGGAAGGCGCUACAAGUCUGUUGAGAGUUUUAACACAUGAAAUAGGUCACGUCCUUGGUAUAGCGCAUUCUGCAAACUACGAAUCUAUAAUGUACCCGUCUUUGGUGUUUGAAAACACAACGAAACUAUCGCAAGAUGAUAUAUUGGCAAUUCAAGAGUUAUACGGUUCCAAACCGGUAGUGACAACGGCUAGAACCACGGUGAGAACCAUGAAGACAACAAAAACGAUGCCUACGACAACCACGAAGACAACGACGACUAUCCCAACGCCGAACACGCAAGGAAUCAAUUUAAAAGUUCCCAAAUUAUGUGAUUUAAAUUCUAAGAUGUCAAAUACCUGA